UUCAUUCCUAACUGACAAUUCUACAGAUCUCCAGGAAGCCUGGAAAACAUGAACUGUUGGUAGAUCUCGAGGACAGGUUUGGCCAGCCCUGCCCUACAGCAUGUAAAAGCUGCUGCACAGUUCAGAUUCUCAGCAGAGACUGCAGCCCAGACAGACCUGCACCAAGAGACCACAGGAGAAUGGCGACGUGUUCAUCAUCAUCAUCAUGUGGCCCUGGCUACAAGACUCCUCUGGAUGCCAUGAAAGGUCCCCGUGAGAAAAUCAUUUAUGUGCCCUGUAUCUAUCGCAACAGCGGUAACGGUAAACCUGACUACUUGGCCACUGUGAACGUGGACCCUUCAUCGCCACAGUACUCCCAGGUUAUUCACCGUCUGCUGAUGCCCAACGCAAACGACGAGCUCCACCACUCGGGCUGGAACACCUGCAGCAGCUGCUUUGGGGACCACACCCAAGUUAGGGACCGGCUGAUCCUGCCCUGUCUCAUUUCUUCCCGGGUCUACGUGGUUGAUGUGGGUACCGACCCGCUGGCCCCUCGCAUCCACAAGGUGGUGGAAGCUGAGGAUAUCCAGAAGAAGUGCGGCCUGGCAAAUAUGCACACCUCUCACUGCCUGGCCUGUGGGGAGAUCAUGAUCAGUUCCUUGGGAGACCCGUCCGGGAAUGGCAAAGAUACACCCGAUCUCCUGGUUAAAGCUGGUGGGGAUUCAGAUUUGCUCCUGAAUCUGGGAGAAAGGCAAACUAGAAAAUACAGAAGUGACCGUUUCUUCACGACGUGUUCAUCAUCAUCAUCAUGUGGCCCUGGCUACAAGACUCCUCUGGAUGCCAUGAAAGGUCCCCGUGAGAAAAUCAUUUAUGUUCCCUGUAUCUAUCGCAACAGCGGUAACUGUAAACCUGACUACUUGGCCACUGUGAACGUGGACCCUUCAUCGCCACAGUACUCCCAGGUUAUUCACCGUCUGUCGAUGCCCAACGCAAACGACGAGCUCCACCACUCGGGCUGGAACACCUGCAGCAGCUGCUUCGGGGACCACACCCAAGUUAGGGACCGGCUGAUCCUGCCAUGUCUCAAUUCUUCCCGGGUCUACGUGGUUGAUGUGGGUACCGACUCGCUGGCCCCUCGCAUCCACAAGGUGGUGGAAGCUGAGGAUAUCCAGAAGAAGUGCGGCCUGGCAAAUAUGCACAACUCUCACUGCCUGGCCUGCGGGGAGAUCAUGAUCAGUACCUUGGGAGACCCGUCCGGGAAUGGCAAAGCGACGUGUUCAUCAUCAUCAUCAUGUGGCCCUGGCUACAAGACUCCUCUGGAUGCCAUGAAAGGUCCCCGUGAGAAAAUCAUUUAUGUGCCCUGUAUCUAUCGCAACAGCGGUAAUGGUAAACCUGACUACUUGGCCACUGUGAACGUGGACCCUUCAUCGCCACAGUACUCCCAGGUUAUUCACCGUCUGCCGAUGCCCAACGCAAACGACGAGCUCCACCACUCGGGCUGGAACACCUGCAGCAGCUGCUUCGGUGACCACACCCAAGUUAGGGACCGGCUGAUCCUGCCCUGUCUCAUUUCUUCCCGGGUCUACGUGGUUGAUGUGGGUACCGACCCGCUGGCCCCUCGCAUCCACAAGGUGGUGGAAGCUGAGGAUAUCCAGAAGAAGUGCGGCCUGGCAAAUAUGCACACCUCUCACUGCCUGGCCUGCGGGGAGAUCAUGAUCAGUUCCUUGGGAGACCCGUCCGGGAAUGGCAAAGGUGGCUUUGUGUUGCUGGAUGGAAAGACGUUUAAGGUGAAAGGGAACUGGGAAGCGAAGGGACAGGCUGCACGAUUUGGCUACGAUUUCUGGUACCAACCCCGGCACAACAUCAUGGUUAGCUCCGAAUGGGGGGCCCCCAAGGUGUUCAGCAAAGGCUUCAACAUAGAAGACGUACAGGCUGGGCACUACGGGAGCCAGUUGCACUUCUGGGAUUGGACCAAACACACCCGCAUACAGAGUCUGGACCUGGGGGUGGACGGCCAGAUCCCACUGGAAGUACGCUUCCUGCACAAUCCUGAUGCUGACCAGGGCUUCGUCGGGUGUGCUCUCGGCAGCUCUGUGUUUCGCUUCUUCAAGACCAAGGAUGGGCCAUGGGCCGCAGAGAAGGUCAUCCAGGUUCCCCCUAAGAAGGUGGAAGGUUGGGCAUUGCCAGAGAUGCCAGGCCUGAUCACAGACAUCCUGCUGUCAUUGGAUGACCGUUUUAUGUACUUCAGUAACUGGCUGCACGGUGACAUCAGACAGUAUGACAUCACUGACACCAAGAACCCCAAACUGGUUGGACAGGUGUUCCUCGGAGGCAGCAUUGUGAAAGGAGGCCCAGUUACGGUGCUGGAAGACAAGGAGCUGAAAGAGCCUCCAGAGCCAGUGUACAUAAAGGGGAAGAAGAUUCCUGGUGGUCCUCAGAUGGUUCAGCUCAGUCUGGACGGACGUAGACUCUACGUGACCACAUCCCUAUACAGCGCGUGGGACAAACAGUUCUACCCGGACAUGGUCAAGGAUGGUGCAGUCAUGAUGCAGAUUGAUGUGGACACAGACAAGGGAGGUCUGAAGUUGAAUCCAAACUUCCUGGUGGAUUUCGGGAAGGAGCCAGGUGGCCCGGCCCUAGCUCACGAAUGUCGCUAUCCAGGGGGAGACUGCACCUCCGACAUCUGGAUCUAAACUGCAAGAUCCAGAGUCACAUCUGCUUCUGUGCCAAUCCACAACAGUGACACCCUGGAAUAGCCCCUUAUACAGCUUAUUUGUGUAUCCCUGUUGUGCUGACCUGCCUCGGACAAAGUCUUAAAUCUGCCCAGCCUACGCUAUCAUUCUGUACCAUAUACACUGUAACAUCUCAGCCCCUCGCAAAUGACUGACUCCUGCCCUGUCGGCCACCCUCCCGCUGAUUCCUGACCUGUCUGCCUCUCGCACACUACCACAUAUACUUGUGUUGCGUGUCCCUCAGAUCGCAGGUCACGCGCUUGGGUAGGACUGAGAAUAUUGCUAAACCUGCAGUUCCAUAAUACAAGAAGAAUGGAGUAAUAACGAAUGCUUUAUUGUAAUUCAUCUUCUAAGAUUUGUGAUCAUUCCUGCAAUGUAAAACCUGAAUAUGUGUCCAGAACCGGUUCCUGCUGCCUGGCAUCUUUCUCUAUCUCAUCCCCAUUAAAUGUGUGUUAUCAUCCA